AUGAGCGUCGACGGUGACGACGAGCCCGUGAUAGAUAUGAAUGACGCCAUGCAUCGCGCCGUGGCGCUCAAGGCCGAGCGAUUGCGACGCACGCGAGCGUCGUACGAGGCCGCACCGGUGUUCGUUCGGGACACGCUCGCGACGGAUCGAGACGAAAACUACGUCGAAUUGCGAAAGAAACCGCUGGCGGCACGCUUGACGUUUGCCAACAAACUUCUCGAUGAUGCCAAAGCGUUGGUGCGAGAGGAAGCCCACGAGGACGCGCUGGAGGCGUACACAGACGCCUUGGCGGCGUUUUGUCACUUUGAGCGACCGAGCGGGACAGAGAGCACAGAGACGUUGACGUACGUAGAUUAUCUCGAAGACGACGAACGUCAAAGCGAAGGCGUAGAAAUGGUGAAACGAAUCAUGCUUAACGCAUCGGCGUGCUUGAUGAACAUCGAUCUGAGGAAGCAUGCGAAGGCGGUAGAAUGGGCGACGACGCGAGCGUUGCGCGCUGACGCCGCGUGCGCCGCCGCAUACUACAGAAGAGGACGAGCCAGGACCAUGAUGACGGAAGAAGGGACUGUAGAGCAGGCGUUGGAUGAUUUUAAACGCGCCGUGGAUCUCGAUCCGGGCGAGAAGCGGUAUGUGCGAGCGUUAGCGGAGCACAGUAGAGAAGUUAUGAAGACGACUGAGGUGCAACGAGCCGUCUUCGGAAAGAUGUUUUCCGGCGCAAGCGCUAUCUACGCCGACGACAAGGCGACAACCGUCGCAAAAUCCACUGUCGACGAGGAGGUCGAACGCGUGCUUCUAGACGAAAGCUUGCUCGUGAAGGCUCAGGAGAUGGGUUUCAAUGUCGACGCCGACGAUUUCCGUCGAGAACUCGCUUCCCGAGUCCGCGACGAAGUGCACGACAGUCGACGCGAGCGGGCGAAAGAGCUCGGUUUAAAUCUUGAUGAUGAUGAUGUCAAGCGCGCGAUCGAGUAUUUCGAGCGCUCGCGUCGCGGUGGUGAUUCGGAUGCGAGCUCACGAACUUUUGCGCGCUUCGUUGCUCGCGCUCUCAUCGUCCUCGUCGUCGCUCGCGUCGUGUACGUCGUCCACAAGAUUGCGACGAGCCCUAUCGAUUCCCUCGAUGUGCGCGGGGUGAUGGAUUGAUUCCGCAGAACACGACUAGAAAUUUUAGUUAUUUAGUUUUAGUUGCCGCG